AUGGUCUGGGGCGGUCGUCAACCAGAUGGAUCCCAGUCUCCCCCGCAGGAGUUGUUGGAUAAGCCUAUAGUCCGAGAGAAGCUCCCCCCCAAAUUGCAGCAGUUGGUUGAUCGGGAAGACGACUUCUAUGAUGACCUCUACUCCCCAUACAAAUCAGCGCAACGCCGAAAGCAAGCAAAGACAAAACAGAAACUAACGAUGGGCACCUCGGUUGACGACAGCUCGGUCGAUUCCACAGACACGGGGUAUCGCUAUGCCGCGUACGCCAACCGCAUCCGCACGAUCCUCCUGUCCGCCCAUCGGUAUGUCGCCUACACUUCAGACAUCGGCGAGUCCUUCCGUCCAAUUGCACACCCAUGGCUCGUGCGCUCUGCCUACACUAUCUCCUGGACAUACCUGCUAGGCGAUGUUGGCCACGAGGGCUACAAGGCCUAUCUCCGGAACUGGAGAGCACUGGCUCCCACCGGUGAGGCAUACAAAGAUGCUAGCCAGCCUUCGAAUAAUCAGAUUAUCAAGGGCAUGGCGACGGGCAACAUGACGAUUGGAAAAUCAGCCGUGUCUAAGGAUGAGCUUUCAAACUGGUCGACCCCCGAGAUCCCGCUUGCGGAGGACUACCGCAUGGUCAUGGUCAAGCGCGCGGUAUUUCAGAGUAUCGCGAGUAUGGGAUUGCCCGCAUUCACAAUCCACAGUGUGGUCCGCUACUCUGGGCAGAUGGUGAAGGGUGUUAAGAAUGCAUUUAUUCGUACCUGGACGCCGAUCGGGCUUGGUCUCGCUGUUGUCCCCUUCCUUCCCUAUAUCUUCGAUCAUCCCGUCGACGAGGCCGUUGAAUGGGCCUUCCGUACUGGUCUUCGUGCUUACGGUGGCGAAGCAGCCGUCCGCCCACUACCAGGCAAGAGCCUUCCUCCCCGGGAAGAGGAGGAACACCGCGCUGUUGCGGCAGCAAAUAUCUCCUGGGACGAGUACAAGACUGAGCGGGACCGCGCGCGUGAGCUGCGUCGCCAGUCAAGUGAGCAGGCCGUCAGUGGUGGAAUUUCGUCGCUGACGAGCUGGUUCGGAAAAUCCGAAUCGGAGUCGGAUAAGAAGAAGAAGGAAUGA